AUGUCCUCAGAAACUUCCUCACACAAGCAUGUGUCACCAUUUGAAAGAUACAAAUUCGAUAAAAAUUUACGCAAUGAAAUAGCAAAAUAUACACUUGCCAAUAAACGAGAUAAUUAUCAUGGAUUACUAGCAAUUAUUGCUGACUGGACAAUUAUCAUUGCGUGCGCUUCAAUAUCACAAUAUGUGCGCAACAAUAUUUAUUUGUCUUUCAUUUGGCCUGUUUCGUAUGCUUUAGCUAUAUGCAUCAUUGGUGCACGACAACGAGGUUUAGCCCGUGGUUUACAUGAAGCAACGCACAAUUGUUUUGCCAGUAAUAAAUAUCUUAAUUUUUUUCUCGGUACAUUCUGUUCGGGUUAUGUAAUAUUUCAAAGUUUCCGUGGUUAUCAAGUAUCACAUGUUAAAAAUCAUCAUCCAUAUCUUGGUACAGAUCGAGAUCCUGAUUAUCAAGGAUUAAAAGAAAAUGGAAUAUGUGGUAUUCAUAGAACGAGUGAAAAUGUUAAACGUUAUUUACGUAGUUUAUUUUUGCCCAUUGCUUCGUUCAAUUAUUUAUUAUAUUUAAUUAAGUAA